CACGAGCAGAAGACGCAACGCACCGCGAAAUCUCGCGACGACGAAACGUCGCCCUCCUCUCCCCCGAUCCGCACGCCGGCACCGUUUUCUUUCCUUCUCUAUCUACUGGCAAGUUCGGCAACCGAUUCAUGCCCAGCACGCAAUAAUUUGCCAUGCCCAACCUCCUCCCACCAUUGCUAUGCCCACCCGCCCGCACACUUUCCCAUUUCAGUCGCGGCUCCGUGGCAGGGCCGGGCUUCAAAUGCCGGUCUCCGCUCGCUUCAUUAUUCGCCUGAGCAUGCAGUAAUUCCUCCGGGUCGGCACCGGGUUCCUGAAAUUUCGCUCCACUUCUAGAAUUAUCUCGGCCCGACGCCGCCUCAAGGUUGGAUUUUUAGAGUCAAACAUCGGAAUCUUGGCCGACACGGACUGGGUUUCUUUGAGCAAAAUCGCUUGCCUGCUACCCACCAGCUGAGCUAGAGAUUGGAUUCGCGGGGGCGUUUCGGUGGGGGGCCGAGCAUGACGAUCGAUUUGUCCACCAUGCCCGGGAGCUCCUCCAUCCGUCUCCUGGACGCCGCCGCGGGGAGGAAGGACAUGAACUUCUUCAAAAACCGCUACGUGCUUGGGCUCACCGGCGUCGCCGGAAUCGGCGGGUUCCUCUUUGGAUACGACACAGGUGUUAUAUCUGGAGCGCUUCUGUAUAUUCGGGACGAAUUUCCAGCUGUCAAAGACAAUCUAUUCUUGCAGGAGACAAUUGUUAGCAUGGCAUUACUUGGAGCCAUGCUUGGAGCAGCUGGGGGCGGUUGGAUAAAUGAUGCCUACGGUCGUAAAAAGUCCACUCUUCUUGCUGACCUGAUGUUCGCACUUGGUUCACUGGUUAUGUGUGCUGCUGGCGGUCCUUACAUUCUGAUACUUGGAAGGCUCUUUGUUGGAUUGGGUGUGGGAAUAGCAUCAGUCACUGCCCCAGUUUACAUCGCUGAAGCUGCUCCUUCAGAAAUCAGGGGAGGUUUGGUGUCAACUAAUGUCCUCAUGAUUACUGGCGGCCAAUUCUUCUCCUACUUGGUCAAUCUUGGCUUUACCGAGGUUCCUGGGACAUGGCGCUGGAUGCUCGGAGUAGCUGCUGUGCCAGCAAUCAUACAGUUUGUGCUGAUGCUUUUUCUGCCAGAAUCUCCCCGCUGGCUUUACCGGAAGGAUGAGAAAGCAAAAGCUAUUGCUGUCCUGGAGCAGAUAUAUGACUCUGGUCGUCUGGAGGAAGAGGUUGAGCUGCUUGCGUCGGCUUCCAUGCAUGAAUUCCAGUCUAACUGUACUGGGAGCUAUUUGGACAUAUUCAGGUUGAAGGAAUUAAGGCUAGCUUUUUUUGCUGGAGCUGGUCUUCAGGCCUUUCAGCAAUUUACUGGCAUCAACACCGUCAUGUACUACAGCCCCACGAUCGUCCAGAUGGCUGGGUUCACUUCCAACAGGCUGGCCCUGCUACUUUCCCUCAUCGUUGCCGCCAUGAAUGCGAGUGGAACCAUCGUCGGAAUCUACCUCAUCGACCGUUGUGGCCGCCGCCGCCUGGCCCUUACAAGCCUAGCCGGGGUCGUGCUCUCCCUUGUCAUCCUCGCCACGGCCUUCAUACUGCAGUCAUCCUCCAGCCUCUGCGGGAGCCUGUUCAGCGGCUCCUGCCAAGGCGUGCUGGGGUGGUUCGCGGUCGGAGGGCUCGCUCUGUACAUCGCCUUCUUCUCUCCGGGCAUGGGGCCGGUGCCAUGGGCCGUGAACUCGGAGAUCUACCCCGAGGCCUACCGCGGCAUGUGCGGCGGCAUGUCGGCCACCGUCAACUGGAUCUCCAACCUGAUCGUGGCGCAGACGUUCCUCUCGAUCGUGGGGUGGGUCGGCACCGGCCCAACAUUCCUAAUCAUCGCCGGGAUAGCCGUGAUGGCCUUCAUCUUCGUCGCCCUCUACGUGCCGGAGACCAAGGGCCUGAGCUUCGAGGAGGUGGACCUCCUGUGGAAAGAGCGGGCCUGGGGAAGCCAGGGCAGCCACGAGAGCCUCCUGGGUGCUGCGCCGUAAGAGGUAAGACCACCACCCGCUGGCUCUGGUCCUGCACGGCGGUGCAUCGGCGGCGCCCUUUUAGUAUGGUUCUGCGGCUGCGCCCCGCCGCGCCUGGCUGGCUCGCGGCGGUCGCUGGCUUCUAGCUAGGACGGGAGUCUUAGAAAGAACUGGAUGGACAAUAUCAUACACGAAUCACGAACCUGUAUAUCAAUGGCGGUGUGUUAUGUUGUCGUCGCGUGUUCAAGUCGAAUAUUGUUGAGUCAAAGCGACCGUAUGACUGAGACGCAGCAAUAUUGUUUCUGCAUUGCCGGCAUGAGUGCACCAAGAACCAAAGAGCAAGAGCUCCGUUGGCGGUGAUGGGUGUUAGAUGGACAAAACCGAUGUCUUCAGCAGUUUAUUUUGCG